AUGGAGACACAAGUGCCUCAGAACUCGAAAGUCAAGAGGUGGGAUGGUGCGGCAAAAUCAUGUACCGACUGGGACAACUUGAGAAGGGAUCCUGAGUUAUGGUUUCGAGGUGGGAACUGCUUUGUUCAUCUCUACGGCAAAGGCCAGUCUCGCCGAGGCCCUGCGUUUAAAGUACCAUUCAGCACUCUGCUCACUGCAAAAUGCCACCAUUUCGUCAAGAGAUUCAUGUCUUACGACUCGCCCGAGUCACAGGGCCCGUUCAACGACGUGUUCGAAGACUUGGACCGGUGGAACUCUCUCUACCCCAACGAGAGAGUCGAGCUCUAUAUCCCAGCUCCGCCAACGGCGAACAAAGAGCAGGCGUUUUCCUACCACCUCGCGACGCGAAACUUCUUGGCAUGGGUUUUCCGCCGUUCAGUGGUGGGCGAGCACCUCGGCAUCGCUCUCAUUGGCCUGCUGAACAGCAUGGCAGAAUUCAGAGGCGACGACGAAGACAACGUGUCGGAGCUCAUAUCCUACAUGGAUGAAGAAGGGUAUCUGGAUAUCAAAGGCCAACCGCACCAUGCGGUGGCGCUCUUGCAUCUGGCCGAGUUCUUUCAAAUGACAGACAUGUAUAUUGACGCCUUCAGCCACUGUGUUGGAAUGAGCGAGCACCUUUCGUAUAACCCUGAAUUCGAGCACAUCGGCUCGGUCACCAAAACGCUCAUUCGCAGGGCACGGAAUGAUAUGGACACACGGCUAAGCAAGGCGGGCAGCAUGUUGAAAACCUUCUUGGAGGAUGAGCUGUCUGAAUCAUAUCUCGGUCUCUCGGCUGGUAACCGUGCUCACCUCGACCGAUUCCGAAGCUUUGUCCGAUCAUUUUAUGCGACCAAGCUUGGUUACUGGCCGCCUCUCUUGCCUGAGUCGGAAAACAGUUCGAUAUUCAACCCCAAGGUCAUUAGGACCAUGCGAAAAGACUUCCAGGCCGUAUACGAACUGCUGGUGGACCAGAGCUUCACCUCUGCGGAGAGUAGCCCUAUCCUUGCUCAGGGCGGCAUCUGCACAUUUCAAAGUGUAAACGAUUUCGACCGGCGAUCCAAGUAUACAUCUUUGAAACAUCCACUGCCGCUACUUCCGGAGACAGGCGGAGACAAGUCCGGCCGGCGGGUGUCUAUCCAAUGGUUGGCAAGCCCUGCGCGAGGCGACAAGCUCAAACCCGAUGAGCGUCUCAUCGCUCACAGCGCGCUGACCAAGGCUAUGAAUAUGCGGGAUCAGGAAACGCUUCGCAACGACUUUGUUCGCGCCUAUCGCAAGUUUGAGGAAGAUUCAGUCUCGCCGCUCAACCGUGUCGACAAGAUUGAGAAGAUCAGCCUAGUGGAUGCUCGCAAGGUACGCUGGAUCCUGAUUUACUGUUGUUACCAGACUCUUCUGAGCUGCACAGAGGCACCCCCAGAGGCUAGCGACGUCGAUAAGGCGGACUACCACCUCGCCGUUUCGACCCAGAAGCUGCCGCCUUGGAAGGAGGGCCGCAACUUGCACUCCCUCUUCCACAGCCACACUGAUCCCGCAUCGGACACCAAGCAGUCGGUUACAGACUGGGCAUCGAAGUGCAGUGCCUUGCCAACGCCAACCCUGGUAUCCCCUUCUAUUGAGAUCCGACCCGACAUUGACUACACUGCUCAAGCACGUCACAAGGAGAGACUGUCCCAUCGCCAGUCGAUAGCUGUCGCCCCAUCACCGGCGGCCCCACCCCGGUCCCGGAGCCGGAGUGUACCCCGCAGCAAUACUUUCCGACGAUCCCUCAGCAUCUUCCGCAAAUUGGAAGAACAAACUGCCCCGACCGCGAUGGCGAGGAAGGGAUCCUAUUGCGAGAUUGUGGUCAAAGGCUACGGAAACGGCACCAACGCUGUGGUCAAGAAGGCUGCUGAAGUGCCCCUCGCAGAGGUCUCGCCGAAGAACAAGACGGCGAUGCGUUCCCUCUCGACCUCGUCUGAAUCCAGCUUCGUGUCUGAGGCGCAGUCUCUGGGCGCCUUCAGCUUCGCGACCGCCGAGUCCACGGUCCCGCCGACGUCGCCCGAGGCGUCGUCUAAGAACUGGCCGAACCAGGGCACGCCCAUGUUGAGCCCUGUGCCCCUGCGUGGCCGCCGGCGCGUCAAGACCGUGCUAUCCUUUGCCGAACCAGCGCGCCUGAGCCCGGCACCAGAAUCGAUCUCCACUCGCGUCAGCCCGGCACCAGAACCAGUAUCAUCUUAUGUUAGCCCGGUACUUGCACCGGCAUCAUCUCAUGUCAGCCCGGCAGAAGAAAGCUUCGCAAGACGGCACACCGUCAUCGGUGGCGGCGACUAUGCCCAGGACUACGUCGACCUGGUCAAGGAGCAAGAGAGUGAUUUUAACCGCCAUGAGAUGGAGCCCCCCUCGCUGCAGAUCCGCAAGCCGUCGCUUUCUUUGUACCCCGAAUCCCCGAUCUUGGGGCACUUAGACGACUACACGUGCGAAUGGGACAAAUACAAGCACCUGGGCGGGCUGACCAGCCUGUCGCCCCUGCACAUCUAA